ACUUUUUUGUUUUUAUUGCUUUCUUCGCCGAGAAAACAGUGCACUGCGGAUUUAUACAGUGGAUAUAGCAGCGAGGAUCUUUGCGCGAAACUUUUGGGCGAUCUCACUAAGUGUGAAAGAAUAUUUUAGUGGCAAAGUGUUUGUGUACCAAUUCUCAAUCUGUACACGAUCGAAGGUUCUAUCCACGACGAUUCAAAACUAACGAGUGAUUUCUCAUCGUUUAUUUGGUGUUUUUUUUUCUUCAUUUCUUUGUUUAUUUUCGUCGCUCAUGCGAAAGACUGUAGGAAAACGGAGAUGUUAAGAUUGGAAAAAGGGCUGCGAGGGUAGAGAAACAAAAUAUCUACUUUUUGGUAAUCAGGGGAUGCCUAGCCUACAUCUGCUCGUCGUACGACGAGCAAACCCAAUGGAUAUGGGCACUGCUACCAGUUCUGUGACUACUGUCAAUCAACCCGCUAAGAACAACUCAACAAGCCAGAAAAAAAACAAUGAAACUAAAAGUAACAAAUUGGCUGGCAUCAAAUUGCCCAUUUUAAGAAAAGAGACCAGCGCCAUCAAUUUAAGCUUGGCGGAGAGGAGUGUUUCAAGCAAAGGAGCCGACGCUCCUCUCCUAAGGCCUGAAAGCAGUGCUAGUUUAGAAGCAGGAAAGGGCAGUUGGCUCAGUCUUGGACCUGGCGCUCUCAGAAAGUGUGAAACUGCUGUUGGACUUAGCACUUUGGCCCUUGAAAGUAGACCGAUCAAUCGGAGCAGAGUUUGUUCCCGAUGCUCCAGUCUUCUGUCCCUUGCUUCCAGCUCCAGAUAUAGCCUUGCCGCUGGCAAUUUCGUCCCUGCCUCAUCUCAACAAACGACUGGACAAUUUCUCUGCAAACUCUGCCUCGCAGAUGUUUCUCUUUCAAAAAUAUUCAGAAUUGAAGGCUGCGGCUGCUUCUAUUGCAAAGACUGUAUGAAAGAUUAUGUAGAAUUUGAAAUUGAAGAGGGUGCUUAUGAGAUAAGUUGCCCCGAUGCCCAGUGCGAUUGGGCAAGUGUGUUAUCCUUAAAGGAGAUUGCUACCCUCGUCAGUCCAGAAUUGAUGGAAAAACAUCACAAGUUCCGUUUGAACAGAGAUGUAUCGAUGGACAAAGAACGAGCCUGGUGUCCUCGAGCUGGCUGCGAAACAAUCUGUUCAGUAACUAGUGGUGGUAGCGGAGGUGUAUCACCUGGGCCAGUUCACUGUCCAAAUUGUUCAACAGACUUUUGUUCGGUCUGUCGUGAACCAUGGCACAACGGCCCUUGUCCAAACUUCCCACUUGGCAUACCGUUUGACAAUGAUCAUAUAAAAUGUUGUCCAAUGUGUUCAGUGCCUAUCGAAAAAGACGAAGGUUGCGCUCAAAUGAUGUGCAAAAGAUGCAAACACGUGUUUUGCUGGUAUUGCUUGGCCUCUUUAGAUGACGAUUUUUUGUUGCGGCAUUAUGACAAAGGUCCGUGUAAAAACAAAUUGGGUCAUUCGAGGGCGUCUGUGAUAUGGCACAGAACACAAGUAAUCGGAAUAUUCGCCGGCUUCGGGCUGCUGCUAUUGGUCGCUUCGCCUCUGUUAUUACUCGCGGCUCCUUGUAUCGUGUGCUGCAAAUGUCGUGUUUGCGGUUCUUCCCGUUUGGAGCAGGACGGAGGCACGCAUGAGGACACGACGACAUAAGUCACAUUUCGUACACUUUUCGUUUUAUUAUUCGUUUUACGAUGAUUAUGACGAAAGAAACAAAUGAGAAAAAAUAUGAAGAACCAGCAACAAUAGAUGAUAAAAUAUUUGUACCUAAAUAGCAUCUAAAGUACCUAAAAACACUAAAGGGAAUGAUGGAGUUUGAGCUCUAAUAUGAUAGUUUUAAACGAAUAUAUAUAAAUAUAAAUAAACACAUACAUAAAUUAAUGCAGUCAAAAGCAUUUUCAUCGCGCCCGAGCGGGCCGGAUCGAGAAACAAGAGAAAACAAUGUUAUCUAUGUAUAUUAUCCUGAACAUUCUUGUCCAUAAUCUAAUAUCCAAGUUAAACUACGACUUGUACACACACACACACAUAAAUACAUAGACACACGAACCAGCGUGUCUCUUGAGCACGAAGAAUUCGCCAGGUGAUUUGGAAUAGUCUAUCAUGCUUAUUAUACUGGUGUUCUGUGCUUCUUUAAACAAAAAGUAAUAAUCGAUAGGUGACGAGGAGUCAUAAAGAAGGAAGAAAAAAUGUUGAUUCUAUGAUAGAAAAAAGGAUACUACUCGACAAGAAUCGUGGAGAUUUGAUACACUGUCGUUACGAAAGAAGUUUUGUUUUCUUCGGAAUAUCUGAGAGUUCAAAAUGUUCUAAACUGUGUCUCACGUUAUAGUUUUGAACUUAUUUUCAAACAUUAAUUGUGUGUGCGUGUGUGAAUGGUAGUGAAAAAUUGAACAUCGACUACGCAAGACUACGAGCUGAUUUUUUUUUUUUUAUACAACUUAGAAUAGUCCCUUGAUUUGCUGUGAUUCAUUUCCUCCGCCAAUAAUUUUCUUUCGUACUGAUACAAUGGUUUCUUGAUAUUUUCGGUUAUUCUGAUUCGAUAAAAACUUAGAUUAGGAAUUAUUAGAAAAAAAAUCAAAGUAGUCAGUGUCCAAUUUUCCGCUAAUUCUAAAGUAAUGUUAACCGUUAUUUUAUGCAGUUCUGGGAGUUUCGAAAACAACAACGUAAGAAUAGAUUUUUCUAUUUUAUACGAUGUAGAAUUUUUGAAGAAAACAUGUUUUUCUUUUCCGGUGUCAUAUUGAACUUUGAACUUUACCCGGUCAUAUUUUUCACGCAUUUGUUUUUUUUUUUUAACAACUUAAGAAAUGUGAGAAAAUGGAGGAGGACACGCAACGUCGCAACUUUCGACUUUUGUAUUUAUGUCUUUCGAUUUUAAAGCACUACACCGUUUGUUGACGCUUUUUUUUUCGUUUCAUUGCCAUAUAUUACGACUGGUUGAAAUUGGAAAAGAAAAUCGACGCGAUUCGGGAUUGUUUGAUGCAUUUUUUUAUGUUAAUGUACCCGUGUAUAGAUUUUUUUGUUUUUUUUUCUUAAAUUAAAAAUUAUAUUGUCGAAAGAUACAUAUUUAUGUAAAAUAUUAGAAAUUAGAAUUAAUCGGGUGAAUCUUCAAAUGCCUGAUGACGAAAAUCGUCUAAUCUUUUGUUCGUGUCGAGCCUAUAUUUUUGAUAAAUAAAUCUCUUGUUCGAAACAAUGUCCACGGUACGUCAAAUCUCCUCGGUCGUCGCUACAAUAAUGGCAAAUAUGUUUUGUAAGAAAAAGAAAACGAGAAAAAAACAAAAGCAGAUAAACGAAAAAUGAUGAUGGGUGACAAAGAGAAAAUUAUACAGGGGAUAAAGUAGUCAUUUUCAUCGUUCACUUAAGUACAGUGUUAAAACAAUUAAAAACGAACGAGAAUGAGAUGAAUGCUUAACAUAACACUUUUUACAGACUAAUAAUGAGUGUGAAAAAAACAGGAAACAAUAAUGAUUGCUAUAUUUUCUAGUAUAACCAGAUCUUCGUUGCAGGCCGAUACAUUCCUCGAGGAAAGUGCAUAAAGGUUGAAGAAUGAAUGUGCUGAGGGAUGUGAUUUUAAGUGAAUAAAGCGAAAGGAAAGGGACGAAGGGAGAAUAAAGUGAACGAGGUAGCCUUAUCGAGUUGAUAAUCGAGAAUUACAAAUAUUUUGCAAAUCAUUAAUAUUGUUGAAUAAUAAUAGAGUGUACGUGAUUAUUAUUUCUUUUAAAUUCCGUUAUUUCCAACGUACAACAAAUAUUUAUUUUCAACGAAGUAUAACUUGAAUGAAACUUUGUAGAAGGCGUCGUUUUAACGUACAUGAUUUUAUAACGUAACACGUCUGUUUCACUUUGGACCAUUGCAAACGUGUCCGGAUCCAUGAGAUGCGACGAACAAUGUGAUUUGUGUAAAAUAACUUGGCUAUAAAUUUUCAAUAUUUUUUUUUCUUUUUUUAUAAUAAUUUUUUGGUUGUUUCAUAGUCUAUAAAAUCGAAUUUGCGCUCGUAAAUAAUAUGCGUAUAUGUGGAAGGAAAAAGAAAAAAGAGUAAUAAAAAGUGAACUCUCGUUAAACACUGUUACAUACCUUUUGGAUACAAUGUUAUGAUAUUUUAUGUUUGUGUUUAGAAAACACGGUGUGAGCAAAGGUUGUUUAGCCAAUAGGCCAAUUAUGUCGUUGGGCGAUAAAAUGUACGAGACGAAUUUAUAGUCAAGUACUCUUGAGCUAAAAGAUAGAAUGACUGGUUUGCUAUAAACGAAUAAAAACAAAAAGCGAAUGAAUAUCUCGUAAAAAAAGAGGAAACAAAAAAGUAAUGGAAUCAAACACGAAAACAAACAACAACAAAACCGAUCGAUCUCCGGACUUAUAAACCGUACAAGAAGUAACCUGCUCUUUUGCUUCCCCGCAUAGAUAUUUGUUGUGUCAAUUAUUCGAUAUUGCAAUGAUAGAUUAUGGGAAAAUCACCGAGUGCAGUUUUGUGAUAAAAUUAUUUUUUCAAAUUUCGUAUUUUUAGUCGAUUACGUUAUUAGAGAAAUAAAACAAUAACGAAAACGAGCAACAAAAUACCUUGAACAAAUGAGAUAGAGAUUAUAUUACUAUUUUGCUGAUCGUAUUUACGAGAUAGGACGUAAACGACGAGUUACCACAUGUAGUCAAGGAGAAUGAUAAAACAAUGAGAACGAAAGAAAAAAAUAAUGUUUAUCGACGUGUGUGCUUGAGCGAUUGGAUGGUUUGUAUACGAGGUUUCGAAGACACGAUCAUAAUGGACUUUUAAAUGCAAUUUCGUUUAUUAUUUUCUAUCGGUUUUAUCGAUAUUAACGAUAUUAUAAUAAAGAGUUAACCCGAAGACGACAGGAGGGGCGGGGAGGGGGGGGGAGGGAGUACAUGAAAAUCAGAACCAGCAUAAGCUUGGCAUGAAAAGUAACGUGAACAAAAAAAUGUCUGAUUUAGGCAUCAAUGAGAUGACAUUUGUUUUUAAAGAGGAUUUCAUUCGAUCUAGAAACAAACGAUAAAAUCAGAGGAAGAGUUUAUUCGACGAAAACGAUAAUUUCAUGAAAAUUUUCGAUCACGAAGAAGAAUAAUAUUUGGCGAUAGUUUUAUUGAGAAUAAAAAUAUAUUUUUGCGUUACACAAGUGUCGAUUUCUCGUAUAACGCGUAGACACGCUUUGAGUAAUAUCCUUUAAGUUGAAUACCCCGCAGAGGAAAAUUGCAAUACAGGGAAAAAGCGUAAAAAAUUUGAUUACGAGGUGAUAAAAACAUACGCUGGACUUUAAUCGCAGUUUGUCAAUGUUUGCCAUUGUUUUUUUGUUAAAUCGUCCAAAAAUUUCAUCAAUUCUUACUCAUGAUUAUUUCUUUCAGCAUUUUAAUUAUUAUCUUUCCUUCGUAACGAUUACGAAAUUAUUUAAAUAACACAUCCAUCGUUACAUGAUGAUGCUUUACUGCCGCUUUUGUCACCACAUCUUCUAAUGUCAUGCCAAAGACGUUGUCCAAUUAGAAAGACACGUUAUUAAUGAGAAGAAAAAAGUAACAUAAAAAGAAAAAACGAAUAAAAACGAUAUUUAAAACGAAUAUACGAGGAACUUAUUAUACAUGUAAUAUAAAUACGACGCUAAUUGAGAGGUCAGUUCCUUAUUUACUCCGAAAUCCUCUGAUCGCGAUACUAUUAUCUUCUUCUUGUAACAUAUUACGUAAUGUAUGGCCAAAUCAAGAAAGUGGAAGUCCGAUGUCCUGCGUAAAAACAAUUAUUAGGCAUGUUGUACAUAAUAAAUCUUCAUAUAGAAAGGAAAA